AAUCAGUGCCUCUAGUUACCAUAUUGGGCACUGAAAACUGAACCCCUCCACUUGGGGGGAAAAAAAAUCCCAUUUACCCGAAUAGCUGAAAUCCCCAAAAUCGACGAAGAAUACUCGUACCGACACCUGCUGAAAGAGAAAGAAAGAGUGAAAGAUCAUGAAAGACGAAGUUGUGAGCUCAUCUCGGGACCCUAUUAUACCCCGUAAAUCUUCUUCUCCUCCCCCUACUCCUACACCUGCUGCCAGUUCUGCAGGGGCAUCUUCUCCUGCACUUCCAACCAAUGCUGGGAGCACAGAUUGGUUGGGUCAAGGACAAGGAUCUAAAGGGGGUUCUCUGUCCCGCAUUGGGUCACAGCCCAUGUGGACUUCACUGAGCACCAGUGCUGGUGGUUCUGCACUAGGAACAUCACAACCUUCAUGUAGGCCCUGGGAAAGGGGUGAUUUACUUAGGCGUCUCUCUACAUUUAAACCUGAAAAUUGGUUCGGAAAGCCCAAGGCUGCAAGUUCACUAGCUUGUGCCAGAAGAGGCUGGGUAAACACAAAUCCUGAUACAAUUGAAUGCGAGUCUUGUGGUGCUAAUCUGAACUUUAUUUCCCUAGCAACCUGGACUCCUUCUGAAGCUGACUGUGCUGGGGAAGAUUUUUCAAAGAAACUUGAUGAAGGGCACAAAGUCACUUGUCCAUGGAGGGGAAACUGCUGCGCAGAAAGUUUGGUGCAGUUCCCUCCUACUCCUCCUUCAGCUCUGAUUGGUGGGUUUAAGGAUCGAUGUGAUGGACUGCUCCAGUUCCCCUCCCUUCCUGUUGUGGCUGCAUCUGCAGUUGAGCAGAUAAGGGUAUCUCGGGGCUCAGAAUUUGACCGCCUUUUAGCUCAGCCGCUGAUAUUUGUUGGUGGUGAAUCUGGCUUUAGGUCUGACUUUACAUCUGGAAAUGAGAAUGCUAGAGAUGAUGUCUUCUUUCCAUACUCUCGCGCCCAAAAGUUGAUAAGUCUGUGUGGAUGGGAGCCAAGAUGGCUUCCAAAUGUUCAAGACUGUGAAGAACAUUCUGCUCAGUCUGCUAGGAAUGGGCACUCUGUUGGUCCAGCAAAAUGUUAUGGUCCUCCGCGAGAUACUAGCCGUGGCAAGAAGGCAAUGUCUACUUCGACAAGAAAAAAGUUUGUUAAAAAUGAUGUUCUUGGCCCUAAUUCCAAAGGUGAAUCUAGAUCACCUUUGUUGGAUUGUAGCUUAUGUGGAGCCACAGUGAGAAUUUGGGAAUUCCUCACUGUUGGACGUCCAUCUGGCUUUGCUCCCAAUAGCACUGAUGUUCCUGAAACCAGCAAGAAGAUGCAAUUGACACGUGGAGUAAGUGCGGCAAGUGGAAUCAGCGGAUGGGUUGGAACUGAUGUUUUGGAAAAGGAGCAGACAGAGGACCGUGAUGAAGCUGCCACAACAGAUGAAGGGAAAUCGUUGUCGAACAUGGGGGUGGAUCUCAACCUUUCAAUGGCUGGUGGUUUACCGUCUUCACAGUUAGGCAUGAAUGUGACAUCUGAAAAUUACCAAGAUGUGCAUAGAGGAAGAGAUAUCAUAAUUGGGCAACCUUCUAGUAGCGAGGUUGGUGAUCGUGCAGCUUCAUAUGAAUCUCGAGGUCCUAGUUCUCGCAAGCGGAACUUAGAUGAAGGUGGAAGCACAGUUGACAGGCCACAGCUAGUGAUGCAACAGGCGGAUAGUGUUGAAGGAACUGUUAUUGAUCGUGAUGGUGAUGAAGUUGAUGAUGGUAAAGAGUACUCAGCUGGUCCUUCAAAACGUGCCCGUGGUUUAGAUAUUUUUGACACUCAUCAUUCAUCAUAUCAAAUGGACUCAUCUGGUGCUGGUCCUAGCCAGCAAUUUGGAUUUGAGAUAGGAUCAGAUGCUCCAAGAGAUGAUCUUUUCAACCAAGGGCAUGAGCUAAUGCUUGGCAUUCAAUCUACUAGAGAUUCGACACAUGUUUCCUCAGUUAUUGCAAUGGAUACAGUCUGCCGCAGUCCCGAUAAUGAUUCGAUGGAAAGUGUUGAAAACUAUCCUGUAGAUGUGGAUGAUGUCAAUUUCCCUUCUACAUCAUAUUUAAGAUUCACUGAUCUGAAUGAAACAUCAGAACUGAACUACAGCAACCAAGCACAACAGAGUACCUGUCCGGGUGGAAUGAGAAAUGUUGGUGAAAUGGGAGUGAGUAGCACUAAUGAUGAAGAAGUGGUGAAUGCAGAUACUGCCACUGCUCAUGGAAGAGAUGGCCCCAGUUUUGGGAUUAGUGGAGGGAGUGUAGGGAUGGGUGCCAGUCAUGAAGCUGAAAUUCAUGGAACAGAUGCUUCUGUGCACCGAGCAGAUAGUGUUGUGGGUGAUGUGGAACCAAUAGCUGAAAUCACUGAAAAUCAGGGUAUGACUGGUGAAUUUGCACCAGAUCCAGGGCUUAUGGGUGAUUUUGUCCCUGAAGAAAUGGACCGAGAAGAUGCUCAUGGUGAUAGUCAAGAUCUGAUGUCUGGCUCGGUAGGAAGAGCAGAUAGUGGCUCAAAAAUUAUUGGUUCAGCCAAGGCAGAGUCCUUUGAAAGUGGUGAGAAGACAAGUAACGUGCACUUAAACCCCCAGGAGAACAGGAUUCAUCCUUCUCUUUCUUGCAAUGCCAUUUUAUGUUCUGGUUUUGAUGCAUCAAAAGAAGAAGUUACUCAGGCUGGGAAAACAGCGCCUUCUGAAGAAUGUGGAUUUUUUGAAUCAGGAUAUUUGGUUGUGAAUGGGACAGGCCCUCCCAAUGGAGAAAGCAACUAUGAAGAGACGAUUGAGUUUGAUCCAAUUAAGCAUCACAAUCACUUCUGUCCAUGGGUUAAUGGAAAUGUUGCUGCAGCAGGCUGCAGUAGUAGUAGUGGUUCUGGCUCCAGUGCUGGUGCUCUGGCUGUCUGUGGUUGGCAGCUGACUUUAGAUGCUCUCGAUGCUUUUCAGUCACUUGGAAAUGUUCCCAUUCAAACUGUGGAAUCUGAAUCAGCGGCUUCCCUGUACAAGGAUGAUCAUCUUGCACCUGGUCGAAAACUCUUGGCACAUCACUCAUUUAGCAAAAGUCAUGGACAAAGCUGAAUUAGAUCUUGAAGUCUAAUACAAACCGAACUACUGUGACGUUUGGCUUCGCUUCACUCUUGCAGUGCCUUGUGCUGUUAUGUUGGUGGAGAUCCAAGUCCACAACAGAUGGAAAAGAGUUUAGUUAAAGUCUUCAGCAAUGUCGAUAACACUUAUUCACAGUUGAAUGAGCCGGUUCAGUCAUCAGUGUAGCUAAUAGAUUGUUGGGCUACUCAACAGCAUUUCUUCGUUCCAAGUAAUUUUGCUACUGCUUAAGUGGUUGGUAUUAGUGAUAUUUGAAGACGACGUGAAUUUUUUUUUUUUUCAUAUGUCUGUCGGAACUUUUCGGAUAUAACUCAAUUAUGUUGUGCAAUCAACUUGAAAUGAACUUACCAUUUCAUGUUAUUAAUUUUUUCUGCGA